AUGCAACUGUUCUUGCACUGGAUUCAGAACUUUCUUGCCCCAUUGCCGUUUCAACUUGUUGCUGCUCAAACACACAUGAAGAGACUAGUGGCAGUGCUUUUGCUUGUGGCAAUAAGCACUGCUGUGGAAAGCAAGGUAGAAGGCAAUGGUGGACCAUGCAAACAGAAUGCAUUGAAUGCUAGGCCUCACAGUGUGUCGAUCUUGGAGUUUGGGGCGGUUGGAGACGGAAUAACACUGAACACAGUUGCGUUCCAAAACGCAAUAUUUUAUCUCAAGUCAUUUGCUGACAAAGGGGGUGCCCAACUAUAUGUUCCAUCUGGCACAUGGCUUACUGGGAGUUUUAUCCUCACCAGUCACCUCACUCUGUUCCUUGAGAGAGGCGCUACCAUCAUUGCAUCUCAGGAUUAUUCUCAUUGGGAUGUAGUGGAUUCCCUCCCUUCUUAUGGUAGAGGAAUUGGGAGAUAUCGCAGCUUAAUCUAUGGACAGAAUUUAAGCGAUGUGGUAGUUACAGGUGAUAAUGGAACAAUAGACGGGCAAGGUUCUAUCUGGUGGAAGCUGUUCAGUUCUCAUUCCUUAAACUACAGUCGACCAAAUCUGAUAGAAUUUGUUGAUUCUGUUGAUGUCAUAAUUUCCAAUUUGACUUUUCUUGACUCUCCAGCUUGGGACAUCCAUCCAGUAUAUUGCAGUAACGUUCAAAUUCAAAACAUAACUUCUCGUGCACCAGCUGAAUCCCCUUGUACAAGUGGUAUAGUUCCAGAUUCCUCUCAGUAUGUAUGCAUCGAGAACAGUAACAUUAGCACUGGUCAUGAUGCAAUUGUGUUGAAGAGUGGUUGGGAUCAGUAUGGAAUUGCCUAUGGAAAACCAACCUCCUGUGUCCACAUCAGCAACGUUUACCUACAAUCAUCAUCAGGUGCUGGCUUGGCAUUUGGGAAUGAGAUGUCUGGGGGAAUAUCUGAUAUUGUUGCAGAAAAGCUUCAUGUACUCAACUCGUCUAUAGGCAUUGAAGUGAAGACAACUAGGGGCAGAGGUGGCUAUAUGAAAGGCAUCUCCAUUUCUGAUGCAGAAUUGGAAAAUAUUCACUUGGGAAUAAGCAUGACAGGAUACUCCGGUUUCCAUCCAGAUGACAAGUAUGACACGAGUGCACUUCCACUUGUGGGUAGCAUUACUUUCAAGAAUGUGAUAGGUGUAAAUAUUCAUGUUGCUGGGAAUUUUUCAGGAAUAGUUGAAUCACCAUUCUCAACUAUAUGUCUUUUAAAUGUGACUUUUUCUCUCAGUUCUGAGCCAUCUCCUUCAUGGUUCUGUUCUAAUGUAAUUGGUUUCUCCGAGGAGGUGAUUCCUGAGCCAUGUCCUGAUCUACAGAGCUCGUAUUCCAAGUUUUCCUUUUCAUGCUUUCCUUCCCUAUUUCCACUCUUUGAUAAUGUCUCAGGUUAUUUGGAUCAAGAAUUAUAG